AGCGGGCUAGCAUGGCGCUAGUUAGCUAGCUGGAGCUCAGGAAAGCAAAGCUAAUGUUAUAUUUUCAGACUUUUAUUUGAAGACAAAUGGCAGAGAGAGACUGGUAGAAUUCAUAUGGAAACAAAGGGGGAUGUUUAGCAGCACCAACCCUCUGCUGGUAAACUACAUGUGCCUGCUCCAGAUGAUCUCCUAAAUCUGAUCUAAUCCAGGACUAAGGACGUCUGAGAACCCAAAGCUGACUCCUACCAAGAUGGAGAGCGAAAAGAAGAGGAAAUACUCCACAAGCAGCAACGACUCUGACACCACUGACAGUCAGGUGACGUCGUGGUCCAGGUCCUCGAAGAACGCCGGCACCAGCAGCACCUGGGUCCGCCUCCCGCACAAGAAACCAUCCGAGGUGUUUCGGACAGACUUCAUCACGGCCAUGAAGCUGCCGGACUCGGCCCAGCUCGGCCCAGACGACUUCUACGUUCUGUCCGACCCGUGGAGACAGGAGUGGGAGAAGGGGGUUCAGGUCCCAGCCAACCUGGAGGCCAUCCCAGAACCUGUGGUCAGGUCGCAGCUGGAGGCGACGGGCGGCGCGGCGGCCGACGGCCAGACGAAGGACGGAGACGCUCCGCCUCCUCGCUCGCAGCAACACGGUUGCUACGACCUGGACGACCUGGAUGUCACCUGGCUGCAGCUGGUCAACCAGGAGUUCAGGCAGAUGGCGCUGCCGGAGCUGGACGAGCUGACCAUGGAGAGCGUCCUGGUGGAGCUGGAGCGCGUCUGCCAGGAAAAGAUGCAGCAGGCCAUCGAGACGGAGGAAGGCCUGGGCAUCGAGUACGACGAGGACGUGGUGUGUGACGUCUGCCGCUCGCCGGAGGGAGAAGACGGAAACGAGAUGGUCUUCUGUGACAAGUGCAAUGUCUGCGUCCAUCAGGCGUGUUACGGCAUCCUGAAGGUGCCUCAGGGCAACUGGCUGUGUCGGACCUGCGCUGGGGUCCAGCCCAAAUGUCUGCUGUGCCCCAAGAGAGGCGGCGCCCUGAAGCCGACGCGCAGUGGAACCAAGUGGGUCCAUGUCAGCUGUGCCUUAUGGAUCCCUGAGGUGAGCAUCAGCUGCCCGGAGAAGAUGGAGCCCAUCACCAAGGUGUCCCACAUCCCCGCCAGCCGCUGGGCUCUGUCCUGCAGCCUGUGUCGAGAACUCACAGGAACCUGCAUCCAGUGCUCCACGCCGUCCUGCAUCGUGGCCUUCCAUGUGACCUGCGCCUUCGACCGCGGCCUGGAGAUGAAAACCAUCCUGGCCGAAAACGACGAGGUCCGCUUCAAGUCCUUCUGCCGGGACCACAGCUCGGCCGCCAGCGGCAUCAACGGAGCGGCCAGGUCCGAGCAGCACCACGAGCCCGACGGCGAACCGGAGCAGAGCCGGACGUCCCACCCGGUGUCUGCGUCGGAGCGGGCCGAGCGGGACCAGCUGGAGCGGGAGAAGGUGAGCCAGAGGAAGCAGAAGCUCCAGGAGCUGGAGGACGAAUUUUACCGACUGGUGGAGCCGAGCGACGUGGCCCAACACCUGGAGCUGCCGCUGCUGCAGGUGGAUUUAUUGUAUCAGUUCUGGAAGCUGAAGCGGAAAGCAAACUUCAAUCAGCCUCUGGUGGCGCUGAAGAGAGACGAGGUGGACAACCUGGCCCAGCAGGAGCAGGACGUCCUCUACAGGAGACUCAAACUCUUCACACACCUGCGCCAGGACCUGGAGAGGGUGCGUAACCUGUGCUACAUGGUGACCCGGAGGGAGAAGAUGAAGCUGACGCUCUGCGACCUGCAGGAGAAAAUCUUCCAGCUGCAGAUCCAGCUGCUGGAGGAGGAAACGGCUGCAGAGAAAAUCCAGAAAGCAGAAAAGAGGAAGCAGAAUGGAGUGAAGAACAAGAGGAAAGAGAGAAGGAAGCAUGGCACCGGCAAGAAGAAGGAGAGGUGGAAGUCUGAGAGUGGCUCCCUGCUGAGAGAGCUAGGUUUGCUGAAGUCGUUUCCGUUAGAGAGCUCUCUGUUCGACAGCUGGCUGGCCAAGUCGGUGCAGAUCACCGCCGACGACAUGCUGAGCCAGUGGGCUCUGGGCGCCCAGCACCGCGACCGCAGCAGCAGCCUGCUGUCCGACCAGCUCCUGCAGGGUGAGGAAAGCCUCCUGAACCUCAUGAUGGAGAACUCUAUGCAGUCGGCGUGGAAAACGCCUCAGCUGGGCCGGAAACCCAGAGGAAGCAGCAAGCCUCGUUCUCGAAGGCCGAGCGGCGCCAGCGCCCAGCGGGUGUUCGGAUCGGUCGCGUCCGGCGGCCCGUCCGCAGCCAAGGGCUUCUGGGAAAAAUCCGGCCGCCGAGGGGAGAAGUCCAGAAGCUCGUCCAAGGCGGGUCGCCACCAACAGACCAGGAGCUGCGACCCGAACGGCGACCCGCAGCCGCCCAUCUCCAAGAUGGAUUCCUGCCACAUCUCGGAGGAGCGCGGCCGCUGGGACAGCGUCCACAUGGCGACCGGUUUCACGGCGAGCGCUUCCCCUUUGCCGGCCUCCGGCCCGGGAGCCGCGGCGCCUGACGCCGGGGUCGUCCUGCGGGGGUCGCGGCCCCGCCCGACCCGGCAGGGUAAAGCGAGGUCGAGGGUCGAGGAACUGGACUCCACGGACCUGCCGUUCACAGGGAAAGGCGCGUCGCUGCUGGAUGCCGCCGCCGAGACUGAUGGGUACUUCUCCGACGGAGAGAGCGAUUUGGAAACGCGGUCCGGAGGACGAAAGCUUCGGCUGCCACAGCUGCAUCCUGCCAGCGAGGAUCUGCUGAGGAGGAGCGUCCUGGCGUCCUAAACAAAGUAACAGGGACAGA